CGAGCCCAAAAGGCAGGCCCGCAUCGAAUUCAAUCCAAUCCAAUCACACUGGCGUCUCCGCUUCCCCACACCACAGUGACCAUGGCGGCGACCUCGCCGUCGACCGCACCUAUACGAGCCCUAUGCCCAGGGCCGAAUCGCGUCUCCUUGCCUGCUGCCGCCGCCUCCCCCGCCGCGCUACUCCUCGGUGGAGACCCCCGCGAUGCAGCCGUAAAGGGAAGCCGGCCGUCACAGACGUCGUGGAGGCGGCGGCACCGAGGGGACCAGAGACUGAGAGGAAGGAUGACGAAGAGCCGGAGGCCGGUGCGCUUCGUGGGGUGCUGGGGUGGCUCAGGAUUGAUGGGGUUGCGGCGGAUAUCAUCAGCAUCGCCGCGCCCGCCGUGCUCGCCCUCGCCGCCGACCCAAUCACGGCGCUCGUCGACACCGCCUUCGUCGGCCAUAUCGGCUCGGCUGAACUCGCGGCUGUUGGUGCGUCUGCUUCCGUCUUCAAUUUGGUAUCCAAGCUGUUCAAUGUGCCAUUGCUUAAUGUCACCACAUCAUUUGUUGCGGAGCAGCAGGCAGUCAAUGACAAUAGUAGUUCUAAUACCACAGGACAAAGAGAUGAUUUUUUUACUCCACAAAAGAAGGCAAGCCAACAAAAGAAGGUUCUUCCGGGUUCAACGCCCUUGGCUCUAGCUGCCGGCAUUGGAUUGUUGGAGAUGGUGGCACUGAUUGUUGGAUCUGGGACGCUGAUGAACAUCAUUGGUAUACCCGUUGAUUCACCAAUGCGAGCACCAGCAGAACAAUUUCUUACAUUGAGGGCAUAUGGUGCUCCGCCAAUUAUAGUGGCACUUGCAGCUCAGGGUGCAUUUCGUGGAUUGCUGGAUACGAAGACACCACUGUAUGCUGUGGGUGCUGGCAAUCUAUUAAAUGCAAUACUGGAUGCUGUACUUAUUUUUCCACUUGGUCUAGGAGUAAGCGGCGCUGCCUUGGCUACAGUGACCUCUGAGUACUUUAUAGCAUUGAUCCUUCUUUGGAAGCUGAAUAACAAAGUAGACCUGUUCUCAUGGAAUAUCAUUGGAAAUGGAGUAAUCCGCUACCUGAAAUCUGGUGGACUGCUAAUUGGCAGAACAAUUGCAGUACUCCUGACAUUGACACUAUCUACGUCCCUGGCUGCAAGGGAAGGGCCUGUUCCAAUGGCUGGCUAUGAGAUAUGCUUGCAAGUGUGGUUAACGAUUUCUCUGCUGAAUGAUGCUCUAGCCAUUGCUGGUCAGGCUCUACUUGCAAGCGAGUACGCAAAAGGGAAUUACAAGCAAGCCCGCAUGGUUUUAUACAAAAUCCUGCAGGUUGGAGGUGUGACUGGCGUUGCACUUGCUGCUACCCUACUUAUUGGCUUUGGAUCUUUGUCCUUGCUGUUUACAGAUGAUCCUGCAGUUUUGGACAUUGCCCAAUCUGGAGUUUGGUUUGUCACUAUUUCUCAGCCGGUAAAUGCUAUUGCAUUUGUGGCCGAUGGGCUCUACUAUGGUGUUUCUGACUUUGCCUACGCUGCAUACUCUACGUUUUUUGCAGGGGCCGUCUCAUCAGUAUUCCUACUUAUCGCUGCUCCUAAGUUUGGUCCUGGUGGUAUCUGGGCUGGCCUUACUCUAUUUAUGAGUUUGCGAGCAAUUGCUGGUUUCUGUAGGUUAGGGAGCAAAGGUGGACCUUGGGAAACUAUCUUGUCAGAGAGCCAUAUAGCCGUGGGUAACAGAAGGCCUGUGUGGGCAGAUAACAAGGAGGAGGCGGCUUUACAGCUUUCGAGUGUUUACCAUGUAUGUACAAGAAAGCUGCGUUCCCAUAGAAGGCCCUUCCUGUAAAUUUUGCUUCUGGAAAAUCCUGCAUGUAAAUGAUAAAAUGAAUUGUCUAACAUUCGGAUCUGUGCAUCUUGUAAACAUUUUUGGCAUUUGUGUAACUCAGUGGAUGCUUGAAAUAGAAUUAUCUUAGUUGCUUGUU